GCAUGCAUCUUUUGCAUGCAUGCAUUUUUUUUUAAAUCUUAGAAGCAUGCUUCAGGGGAGCACUACCAGCACCUUGUAAAGUUGACAAUUAUAUUGUUAUGGGGAUAUUGUCUCACAUUCCUACCGCCAAAAGGACCAACUGUAUAGACAAGCUGUAAAGCGAGAAGAGAACAUUCUUUCACAGUGGCGCUCCUCCUCCCUCGUGAUUCGACACUCCGCCACGAUCUUCGACUGACUUGUGAGUACUGCGGCUCUGAAAACGAGUUCGGGUUCCAGAAAACAACAUGGCAGACGAUUUGACCAUUCAAACUGGCGGAAAAGACGGAGGAAUUGUGAUCAACGAUGACUGGCCAGGUUACAGUUUAGAGCUCUUUAACUAUCCAAAACACUAUUCUGGAGAUCUAGAGUGUGUUUACAUCCCACAUGGUGUCAUCAUGGACAGGACAGAACGGCUUGCCCGUAACAUAAUGGGUGACCUGGGCGACCAUGACAUUGUGGUGCUAUGUGUUCUGAAAGCCGGGUACCAGUUCUGUGCUGACUUGGUGGAGAGGAUCAAAGCACUGAGUCGUAACUCAGACCACACUCUGCCCAUGAGUGUCAACUUCAUCCGCCUCAAGAGUUAUGUGAAUGAUCAGUCCACAGAGGAUCUCCACAUCGUUGGAGCAGAAGACCUCUCUUUCCUGACUGGAAAGAACGUCCUAAUCGUAGAGGCAAUUGUAGACACAGGCAAGACAAUGAAGACUCUCCUAAAACAUGUGGAGGCUUUCAGGCCCAAGAUGAUCAAAGUAGCAGGUUUGCUGGUGAAGAGAGUGCCAAACAGUUCAGGAUGUCUCCCAGAUUAUGUUGGUUUUGAGAUACCCAAUCGUUUUGUAGUUGGAUAUGCCUUGGACUACAAUGAGUAUUUCAGAGACCUCAAUCAUAUCUGUGUGAUCAGUGAAAGCGGGAAGCUGAAAUACAAGGUCUAAGAAGUGAUGUUUAUAGGAUUCUGCAGAGGAAAUGUUUCCACAAGAAGCUUGGACACUUCCCAUGAGAGGCCAUGCAGUAACAACGGUUAUCAAACCCAAAGACCCUCAGUCUCGCUCUUUGCUGGUUGACACACCUCAGGGCCUACCCAUAGACCAUUGGACUCGUUGCAUGAUAAUUAGAACCUCCAUAGUUAUUUUUAUAACAAAGCUGUGAACCUGUGAUGUACUGUUACAAUGUUCAUGAAACCUGUCUGUGUUGAUGAAAAAUAUAUAAUGAACAGACAUUGUUAUGUAGAAUUUGUAGCCAUCAAUGUUUCGUUUUAGUGAUAUUUGUUUAUCUCAACUUACUGCUACUGUAUUUUGUGGGACACAUUUGGCCCAUGUAAAGGUGGGCACCGUCCAGUAGAUUAAAAUAAAAAAUAUACAAUAACAA